UUUUUUUAUAGGCUGGAGGUUAGGGAAGAAGUUAUCUUGAUGAAUUACCCCUCACAUCUCUCCCACUGCUUCUCCAAACCCUGUCCAGAAAGUCACACGCAUGGAGACAAAGAACCACAGCAGCAGAACCUCGGGCUUUAUCCUCCUGGGCAUCUCUCCCAACCCUCAGCUGCAGAAACCCCUCUUUGCCACCUUCCUCGCCAUGUACCUCGUCACCAUAGUGGGGAAUGUGCUCAUCAUCCUGGCCACGCACUCUGACUCCAGACUCCACACACCCAUGUACUUUUUUCUCAGCAACCUAUCCUUCAUGGAUACCUGCUUCACAACAGUCAUUGUGCCAAAGAUGCUGGUGAAUUUACUAUCAGAGACAAAAUCCAUCUCCUAUGUGGACUGCCUGGCCCAGAUGUACUUCUUCAUGGCCUUCGGGAACACUGACAGUUACCUACUAGCCUCGAUGGCCAUAGACCGGCUGGUAGCCAUCUGCAACCCCUUCCGUUAUGACAUGGUGAUGAGUCCAAGGCGUUGCCUCCUCAUGCUUCUGGGUUCAUGUUCCAUCUCCCACUUGCACUCCCUGCUCCGUGUGCUACUCAUGUCCCGCCUGUCUUUCUGUGCCUCCCAUGUUAUUAAGCACUUUUUUUGUGAUACCCAGCCUGUGCUAAAGCUCUCCUGCUCUGACACAUCUUCCAGCCAGACUGUGGUCAUGACUGAGACGCUGGCUGUCAUCGUGACCCCCUUCCUAUGCAUCGUCUUCUCCUACCUGCGAAUUAUUUUCACUGUGCUCAGAAUUCCCUCUAUAGCUGGGAAGUGGAAGGCCUUCUCUACCUGUGGCUCUCACCUCACCAUAGUGGCCUUGUUCUACGGGAGUGUCAUCUAUGUCUAUUUUAGGCCCCUGUCCAUGUACUCAGGGGUGAAGGACUGGGUAGCCGCACUCAUAUACACAUUAGUGACACCCAUGUUGAACCCUUUCAUUUACAGCCUGAGGAACAAAGAUAUGAAGAGGGCUUUGAGGAAAUUAAGGGACAGAAUUCACUUAGAAAGAACACAAUAG